AUGACAGCAAAGAAUACCAAGAAAAUAUCAGUGGAGAAGACGACCGUCCAGGACGGUAAGCAAGAGACGACUAAGAACUGGCUGGCGCGGCACCUACUGGCACCGGUCUCCAAGCAAGAGAAAGACAGCGACAAUGAGGAGAUGACGAUGAUGGAGUUUCUGGAUCGGCCCAGCACGGCACCCCCAGCGGGAAUUACUAGACUGCCUGUCGAGUUCACCACCACCUUGGAGCCCCCGCUUGCACGUCCUCUCAACAAGCCACCACCUCGACCACCACGACCAGAUUCCGGUGUCAUACGGGAUGUCAAUGCAUGGCUCGACGCUAGCAUGAUCAAGCCAGCACCUCCCCUCAUGGCCGGCAUACCAUAUUGGAGAGAAGGCUCGAUUACGGAUGUGGGACCAUCGGCGGAUGUGCGAUUCGCCAUGCCGAUAAUUCGAGCACCCGAGACUGAGCGGCCAGAGACAUCCCAUAGUCACCAUAUCAAGUCGUUUUGUCGCCGUGCUAGGAAGAUGAAUGUCCGAAUGCCAUCACUCUUGAGGACGAAGUCCCAUCGGGUGAUAGUCACACAGCAAAAGCAGGCAACCAGACACUCAACUUCGAUGCCGCGCCUCUCUUCACCGGACCAGACGACCGACGCGCGGAUUCCUAGGCCGCUGAAUCGAUCAAAGUCUCUGAUGCAUAUCAUACAGCGGUCGCGAGCGGCCAGUCCUGCACCCACUAGUAGUGGAUGGCUUGGCGUAGGCCAGCGCCAGUUGCUCACUCCUUCCCCACAAACGAGCGGUCUUGCAAGUGUGAGGUUUAGGGAGCAAGAAUCUAGCAUGGAGCGACGGGUCCAUGCUGUGUUUGGCCAGGUGGCAAGAACGGGAACCACAGGACGGCCAUCGACCUCGGGUAACCAGAUCCCUAGGGAGGACUCGAUGGGAAAUCUCUCAGACGCCCCGACAUACUUUUCUGGAAUCCCACCACCGUCAUAUCGAUCCCAUGCUGCCUCUAUCCGUACAACAUCAUCUUUCGGAUGCAUCGAUGGUAUGAAUGUAGAGCGGCGACAGCUUAGUCAGCAGAGGGCCGUGCAGCGGAGCCGGGGUGUCAAGGGAAAGCUGAAGAAAUUCGCGCAGAAGGCCCAUCUCACAAAGUGAGAAUCGAUGGUGAAGAGAAAUUAGAGAAAGAGAUAACUACUGAAGGCAAAAGUGAUGGAUGAAGGAAAUGAAGCCAACGAACUGAUGGCUUCUGCAGCAUGGGUAGGACGAGACAUAGAUACGAUUUGUGGAGUCGACGCAGGAACUUCGGCGAGGGGAUGCAUGCCUUAUGCUAUUUGAUGC